UCAUUAUUGUUCCUUCCCCAGUAGAAUGAAUAGUUGAAACCAGAUAUGCCAAGAGUUAUUUUACGACCCAUCACAUGGCUUGCAUAAGAUAUUCUCUAACAAUUUAUAUCCAUGCACAUGCCUAAUGGGGGACAUGGAAAAGCCUAACAAAGAUUCUGCUGGGAUAAGUGCAUGUGAGAGUAGAUCCGGGUGCUGAGUUCCAUGGCCCCAAGAGCUUAGUAGGUUUGUCCCAUCCUGGCUUAGAGGGUGGUCCAAAUCCUCCUCCAUUCUUUUUUUACCACACCCGCACAUGAGUUUGCUCGGAAUGGAGGUGACACCCCCCCACAUCAGAUGCUGUUUUUUCUCGCAUAAGGAAAGAAGAGGUUUCUUCAUCACCUUUUCUCCUCGGCUACAUUGAAGAAAGCCAUCCUGGCCAUCACUGCCUCCGAUCACAGGGCAGGUGGCGAGUUGGGUACGAAUCAGUGGUAGGGAGAGGGCCAUCCUGGCGAUCGGUUUUCUAUAUAGAAGAAAGCCGUCAUCGACGCAUUUUGAUCUCAACUGACCGCCUCUUCCUCGUCUCGUUCGUUCAUGGCGUCCGCUAUGGUCAACAUCGUCGCACUCCCGCCGCUGCCGGAGGCCUUCCCCUGGUUCAGCCCUCGGAUCUCAUUCAGCCACGACUCCGUCGACCCCACCCCCGUCGCCCCGCGGGAGGGCCGCCCCGACGGCCAUGCGGAGGACUUCGAGUUCCGCCUCCACGAUGACCCCGUCACGAUGCUCCCCGCCGACGAGCUCUUCUCCGGCGGCAAGCUGGUGCCCAUGCAGCUGGCUGCGCCGAAACCGGCUCCGGAGUCGGAGAUCGCCCGGUCGGAGCCCCCUGUGACGGCGCGGAAGGUGGACAUCGCCGGUCCCGACUCCUACGCGUUCUCCCCCCGCGCGCCCAGGUGCACCACCCGGUGGCGCGAGCUCCUCGGCCUCAGGAGGGCCCUCGCGAAGCCGCCUGGUGUCCAUGUAACCGCCCCCGUGCCCUCCGCUGCGGCCCCCGCCGCUUCCAAGAGUCCUAUCCCUCGGUCGUCUAUCAAGCAUCUGCUACACCGCCACCACAAGCCCGCUUCUCCGGUCGCGUCGCCGAGCCUCCCUCUCCUCCGCGACUCAGAUCGCGAGUCCGUGGCGAUCGCCUCCCGGAUCUCCCUCUCCUCCUCCUCUUCCUCGUCCUCCUCCGGCCCCGACCACGAGGACCUCGGGAGGCUCUCUAUCGACUCGGACAAACCCAGCCGCGUCCCUCCCCGGGUCCGCCUAGCCCGGCCGCGCCCCGCAACCCCAGCGUCAUCGAGGGUCGGAUUCCGGCCGGCAGAACCAGCAGCGCCGGCCCCGCCGCGGGGGGCAUCGGUGGACAGCCCGCGGAUGAGCUCGUCGGGGAAGAUCGUGUUCCAUGGCCUGGAGCGGAGUUCGAGCAGCCCUGGGAGCUUCACUGGCGGCCCGAGACCGCGGCCGCGCGGGGUGGAGCGGUCCUACUCCGCCAACGUCCGCGUCGCUCCGGUCCUCAACGUCGUCCCCGUCUGCUCCCUGCGCGGGUCGGGCAAGCCUGUCUCCGUCUUGGGUCUCGCCCACGUCUUGUCGCCGCAGCAGCAGAAGGACCGGAUCGGCUCGGCCCGUAACCGGGCUGAAUUGGCCCGGUCGGCCCGGCGUCGAGACCAAAUCUGCACCCUUCCCCAAAAAUAUUUUUAGAAAACAGUAAAUGAAAAAGAAUUCCAAUAAUAGUUAUUUUUAAUCCAAAAAAAUCCUCCUCAUGUUGAUUUGCUCUUUCGAUCUCUCGCUCUCUUUCCUGUAAAUAUAUCAGGAUAUUUUUGAUGCUAUUCAUCAGUUGUUUGUGUCUAUAUAUUAGGAGAUUAAAGAAAUAAAGAUAAAACCGGUUCGGAUCAAUUCGAUUCCGGUUCGGUCCACGACCAC